AUGUGGCUCGACCGAUUAUCAGGGCACUCAACGCCUGCAGCAACACCUCUAGCAUCUUCGUCCUCGUCGACGAAGAGAUCAUACUCCCCAGGCGCCCGCCGAUCGAGCAAUCUCGCCCCUCCCACCUCGGGGCCGCGGCCUGGGUUUUCUCCCCGUUCCUCGUCGCUCUCCUUGCCUUCCAAUGAUUCCACCACCUCGCUGCUCUCGUCUUCCCGGAGACCCAAUGGGUCUGGUCUAAAACAUUCAGCUGCUACCGUAGAUAUACCCAAUCCGCUCGAGGUCUUGGAGAAGCUUGUUGGGUCUGGGAUUCAAUCCGAGCCUGUCGAGUUUGAAGGGGAUGAUGAAGAAUAUGGCGAUUUUGAGUUGGACCUGGACUUUGAAGGCUUGACUUUGCACGAAAUCGCAAGUGGGAGAUCGAGUCCGGGUGAUCAUGGACGGGAAUUCGCUACGCAAUCGGUAGAAGAAUUUGAGAGAGAGAAAAGCAAAUUCGAAGAACUCCACAAAUCAAUACAAGCUUGUGAUGAUGUGUUAAAUACAGUCGAACUGAACCUGACCAGCUUUCAAAAUGAUCUGGCUGCUGUUUCUAUGGAAAUCGAGACUCUUCAGGCGCGGUCGACUGCCCUGAGUUUUCGACUGGAGAAUAGGAAGGUGGUAGAAAAUGGGCUGGGUCCCAUUGUGGAGGAGAUCAGCGUAUCUCCCGCCGUAGUCCGAAAGAUUGUAGAUGGAGCGAUUGACGAAGCGUGGGUGAGAGCUUUGGCUGAAGUUGAGAAACGAUCUAAAGCUUUAGAUACAAAAUCAAACGAGCAUAGAAACAUUAAGGGAAUCGCCGAUUUGCGGCCUCUAUUGGACAAUCUCGUAAAGAAGGCACUUGAACGCAUCAGAGACUUUCUGGUAACACAAAUCAAAGCACUUCGGUCUCCUAAUAUCAAUGCUCAGAUAAUUCAACAGCAGCACUUCAUUAGGUACAAAGAUCUAUAUGGCUUUCUUCACAGACACCAUCCCAAGCUCGCAGAAGAGAUUAGUCGGGCGUACAUGAAUACGAUGCGGUGGUACUUUCUGAAUCAAUUCACACGAUAUCAGAAAGCUCUGGACAAGGUCAAGCUCCAUGUACUGGAUAAAAAUGAUGUUCUUGGCCAAGAUGAUGGCACACGCAAAACAACCCUUUUGUCUAGCUCGAAAGCUACCGGGCCUCCUCAUGAUGCAUUCAACCUUGGUCGCAGGAUUGACUUGCUCAAGUCAUCAAAUCAAACUGCGAUUUCUUCGUUUUUAGCAGAGGAGGACAAGUCUACGCAUUAUCUAGAGUUUCCAUUUCGCAAUUUCAGUCUAGCUCUAGUUGAUAAUGCAUCAGCAGAAUAUUCCUUCCUCACCACAUUCUUCACGCCAGCAUUAACAUUCGCAACUAUUUCGCGGCAUUUUAACUACAUAUUCGAACCAACAUUUGCUCUUGGUCAAGCCAUGACGAAGUCUCUUGUUCAUGAAACCUAUGAUUGCCUAGGGUUGUUGUUGUGCGUAAGGAUUAAUCAACAUCUCGCUUUUGAACUGCAGCGCCGCAAGAUUCCAGCUGUUGACAACUAUAUCAACGCAACUAGGAUGGUCAUGUGGCCUCGGUUCCAGAUGGUGAUGGAUCAACAUUGUGAGUCGGUGAGGACGGUCACCAACAGCAUUUCCACACGCAAGCCGUCCGCAUCAGAACAAGCGAAACAAUCAGCUGCUCCCCAUUUCAUGACACAAAGAUUCGGACAAUUCAUGCAGAGCAUCUUAGCUCUGAGUACCGAGGCGGGAGACGACGAGCCCGUUUCGACAAGUCUAAUUAGGCUUCGUAGCGAAAUUGAGGCUUUCCUCACCAAAACAAGCAAAGUGUUUGGAGAUGCCCGAAAAAGAGAGAGAUUCCUCUAUAAUAACUACUCCUUGAUUGCCACAAUAAUUGGAGACCUCGAUGGGAAAUUGGCAAUCGAACAACAGGAACACUUCGAAAGUCUAAAGACUGCAUUUGCGGGUAGGUAG